AUGAGCCCUAGACUCAUGAGCCGACGAACAGCGCGGAGAUUAUUCACCACAGACGGGAUUGUUCUAGGAGCAACCCUGGACUCUCACGAUAGCGCUGAACAAGACCACAUCCUGAAUAUAAAUAGGCUUAAUAUAGCUGACCACGUGAUGAGAUUUAUGGAUUAUGAGCCAGUGACUCGGUCUGCUGCGGGGUUAUCUACUAAGACGUCGACAGAGGGCCAAACUAUUCCCACUCUGACUACUCUUGAGGAAGAUCCUCUCUCCCCACUAGGCGAUGCUCCGUCUGCGUAUAAUGCCGAAGGGAAAAUCUUGCGGGUCAGAGACACCAAGUCUUCACAUGGCACUUUGGGAUGUACAGCUCGCAGAGAGUAA